AUGCAGGACGCCUGGACUGCUCGCAAAGCUGAGGAAAUCAAAGGCUACGCAGACCGCAACGAAUGGAAAAACUUCUUCUCUGCGAUCAAAGCCGUCUACGGUCCACCGACGAAGGGCACUGCUCCUCUCCUCAGCGCCGACGGCAGCACUCUCCUGACUGAGAAGACGCAAAUCCUACAGCGAUGGGCCGAGCAUUUCCGAGGCGUCCUCAACCGCCCCUCCGUCAUCUCCGACGCCGCCAUAAAGCGUUUGCCGCAAGUGGAGACCAGCAUGGACCUCGACCUCCCGCCAUCUCUCCAGGAGACCAUCAGGGCCGUGCAGCAGCUCUCCAGCGGGAAAGCACCCGGAUCGGACGCAAUCCCCGCUGAAGUCUACAAGCACGGAGGUCCCCAACUGAUGGAUCACCUGACUGCGCUCUUCCAGAAGAUGUGGCGUCAAGGCGAAGUCCCGCAAUAUUUCAAAGACGCAACCAUCGUGCAGCUCUACAAGCGAAAAGGGAAUCGCCAAGUCUGCGACAAUCACCGUGGCAUCUCCCUACUGAACAUUGCUGGGAAGAUCUUCGCUCGCAUCCUGCUCAACCGCCUCAAUAACCAUCUGGAACAGGGCCUUCUGCCGGAAAGCCAAUGCGGCUUCCGUCGUCAUCGUGGGACCACGGAUAUGAUCUUCGCUGCCCGUCAACUUCAGGAGAUGUGUCAGGAGAUGCGGACCCACCUGUACUCUACCUUCGUGGACCUGACGAAAGCCUUCGACACGGUGAAUCGUGAAGGACUGUGGAAGAUCAUGCAGAAAUUCGGCUGUCCGGAGCGAUUCACUCAGAUGGUGCGUCAGUUGCACGACGGUAUGAUGGCGCGAGUUACAGACAGCGGAGCUGUCUCAGAGGCAUUCGCAGUGACUAACGGAGUGAAGCAGGGAUGCGUGCUGGCGCCUACCCUCUUCAGUCUUUGUUCUCUGCCAUGCUGGUGGACGCCUACCGCGACGAACGCCCCGGGAUCCGCAUCGCCUACAGGACGGACGGUCACCUGCUGAAUCAACGGCGGAUGCACUUCCAAUCGCGCGUAUCCACAGCCACCAUGCACGAACUUCUCUUCGCUGACGACUGCGCCCUGAACACCACCUCGGAAGAGGGGAUGCAACGGAGCAUGGACCUGUUCUCCGCCGCCUGCGAGAACUUUGGGUUGGUCAUUAACACGCAGAAGACGGUGGUGAUGCACCAACCGCCACCCAACUCAGCCACAGCCCCCAACGCGCCGCCGCAAAUCAGCGUGAACGGAACCCAACUGCAAGUGGUGGAGAACUUCCCGUACCUGGGCAGUACUCUCUCCCGCAACACCAAGAUUGAUGACGAAGUCGCCAACAGGAUCUCGAAAGCCAGUCAAGCCUUCAAUUUUCAAUUUUCAAUUUUCAAUUAUUUUAUUAAAGACCCGUCGGGGUCCCAUCAAAGCAAGUAA